AUGACAUAUCAAUUCCCUGGACAAGAAACAUUUCUUUUUACAAAAAAUGGUGUUCCAGUAUAUCAAGAACCCAUAUUAAAGAUAGGUGAACGUGUAACUUGUUUAGUUAUAAAGUCAACACCGCCACAACUCCAUUUACAAAUAACACAUAUUGAUAAUAAAAAAACAAGUGUAAAUUACAAAGCAAUUCUUAGAUUACAAGAUUACAGGAUGAAUGUUGAAAAUGUUCAUUUGGAUGAUCACUUUAGGAGAGGAGAUGUCUUUGAUGCUAUUGUUAUAUCAUAUGGUGACUCGUAUGGGUGUUAUGCCAGUACUAUAAGCGAAGGUUUGGACAUUGUCAAAGAAAAUAAAUUUAAUUUAUAA